UGUCGACAUUUUAAAAGAGGCGAAGCUCGCUGAACAGAAGGCGACGUAAACAAACUGGAAUCCUCGGCGCUUGACUCCCUCUUGAGUCACCUUUAUUACGGGAUGGACAAGAGUGGGUCUUCUCAGACGGCGGCCAUGGAGGCGCUGGCCAAGCUGCGGCCAGACAUAGACUUUGCUAUGCUGGCCAAGAUGGGGGUGACGCUGGACCCCGUGGCUCUCACCAAGCAGCUGCGGCCAGACCUGGACGUCAAGAUGAUGACCAGUGGCUCCUCCAGCAGCAAGUCAGAGUCUUCCCACUCAUACUCCACGGCCCACUCCUCCCACGCCCCGUCCCACUCAGUGUCCCACUCCCACUCCAGCGGCCACCCCUCUGCCCACCUCAGCAAGUCUGACGCCGCCUACCUGGCCAAGCUGCAGGAGGCCAGCCUUGCCAGUGCCAAUGCCCUGGCCAAGCUGGACCCCAACCUGCUGGCCAAGCUGGACCAGACCACAUUGGCCCAGCUCUCGAAGCUGGAUGCCGCCACCCUGGCCAAGCUGGACCACAACACCCUGGCCCAGCUGGUAAAGGCCGACGCCUCAGCUGCUGCCGUCUCUAUGUCCAUGAGCAAGGCAGACCAGGCCAUGCUGUCUCAGCUGGCCAAGCUGGAUCCCCACACCCUGUCCAAGGUGGACCCAGCAGCCCUCAACCAGCUGGCCAAGCUGGACCCCAUGAUGCUGGCCAAGAUGGACCAGACCACUCUGUCCCAGCUUGCCAAGCUGGAUCCCCACACACUGUCCAAGCUUGACCAGGCCAUGCUGGCCCAGCUGGCCCGCCACGAUGCCCAGAUGCAGGCCCACACACGGGCCACCCUCAGCAAGAUGGACUCGGCCACACUGGCCCAGCUGGCCAAGAUGGACCCACACCUCCUCUCAAAGCUGGACCCCAACACCCUGGCCCAGUUGGCCAAGCUUGAUGCACACACCCUCUCCAAGGUGGACUCCAACACCCUUUCCCAGCUGGUCUCCAUGGAUGCUGUGGCCAUGGCCCAGCUCUCCAAGAUGGACCCACACUCACUCUCCAAGAUGGACCAGGCCACCCUGGCUCAGCUGGCCAAGAUGGAUCCCCACUCCCUGUCCAAGAUGGAUCCGUCCAUGCUGGGCCAGCUGGCCAAGCUGGACCAGCAGGCCAUGACCAAGAUGAACAAUGCAGCCCUAGCCCAGCUGUCCAAGAUGGACCCCCACAACAUGUCCAAGAAGGACAUGUCGUCCCUGAACCACCUCAUGAAGAUGGACCCCCACACCCUCAGCAAGAUGGACCCCACUGUGCUGGCCCAGCUGUCCAAGCUGGAAGCCCAGGCCAAGAUGGACCCCAGCACCCUCAGCCAACUCAACAAGCUGGACAUCCACUCCAAGAUGGAUGCUGCUGCCCUGGCCCAGCUGGCUAAGCUGGACCAGCAUGCCAAGCUGGACCCCAUGACUCUGGCCCAACUAUCCAAGCUUGAUCCACAUGCAAAGAUGGACCCGGCUACCCUGGCCCAACUCUCGAAGCUUGACCCUCAUGCCAUGUCCAAGCUUGAUGCCCAGCUGGCCCAACUAGCCAAGCUGGACUCUCACACACUCUCCAAGCUUGAUGUGAACACCCUGGCCCAGCUGGUCAAGAUUGAUCCCCACCUGCUGACCAAGCUGGACUCCACCGCCUUGGCACAGCUCACCAAGCUUGAGGCGCAGCAGAUGCAGGCGGCGGCGGCAGCAGCAGGCCUGUCCAAGGCAGACCUGGCCGAGCUGCGCAAGCUGGAGGCGGAGGCGCUGUCCCGCCUGCAGCCCACUGACAUGGACGCCUCACUGCUCAGCCCUGCCACAGCGGGACUCAGCACCACGCCCAGCUCCUCCAGCAGUGCCCAUGGCAUGUCCAAGUACCAGCAGCUGCUGGCUGUCAUUGAGGAGAUGGGCAAGGACAUCCGUCCCACCUACGCCGGCAGCAAGAGCAGUGCCGAGCGCCUCAAGCGUGGCAUUGUGCACGCCCGCAUCUUGGUGAGGGAGUGCCUCAUAGAGACAGAGCGGGCGGCGCGCACAUAACAGUUUGGCCAGCCAGGCCUGGACCAUACUGUGCCCAUGAGCCUCAGCUGUGAAGGUCUUGGCGCACUGGUGGAGGGCCUGGCGCUGCCCUUGUAAUGUACACUUGGUGGCUGACAACACUUGAAGCUGUGAGUGGUGGCUGACAACACUUGAAGCUGUGGGUGUACAUGGCAACACACCUGUGUGUGUGGUGCCGAGAGAUGUGGAUCUCACUGACCAGAGCUGCCGUUGCACUGCUCUGGAAUAACUAACUGGGGAUUUAAAGUGGGAAAAGGUUCUAAGCCGGGAACAUUCACUGAUGUAACUGAUAUGAGAAAGUUAUUUAAAGGUGAAUUAGGUAGUCUUCAAUUUUUUAUUGUAAAUAAGUGAGAAUCAUAUCACUGUUUCCUGUCUUUUUGUAGCUUCAAGCAUGACAUUGACAUCUAGCAUUCAGAUAGUACAACUCUUUGGGUUCUAGUUAGAUUCUCUCUCAUAUCUCAGUCCGACUCAAAACUUCCUGUCCGACAUGUAUAUUAUUUUGUAGAGUGUAAUGUAGAGGCGCUGCAGGUGGCAAGGGAAACCAUCACUGAAAUUUUAUACGUCGGCCUCACAACGACUGGGGUUUGUGUCUUCCCUCAGUGUGGUUCUGGGAGUGUGAUUAAUUUAGAUCAUCAUCACCUUGCUGCCUUUCCUGAUAUGUCCUCCAUCUCUCACACCCCUUGUCUUUCCUGUGUCCUUUGAGUCACCUUCAUUCUUCUUUCCUAACCUGAUUUGUUUCUUUACCACAUUCAUGUCCUCUGUUGAUAAUGAUUUCCUACCUUUUCCCUUUUUUCAACCACUUAACUCUUUUCUCUCUAUUUUUCUUUCCCAGCAUUGCCAUGUGAUCUCUAACCGGCACUCUCAUACUUUGUGGCAUUUCAGUGUCCCUUUUUUUUUAUUCUCUCAGGCACCUUUCACUAUCUUUUCCUUUCCUAAUAAUGCCAUGUGAUCUCUGUAAUUUGGUGCUCUCAUACUGUGGCAUUUAACUCCUUUUUUCAUCCACUUGGGCACCUUUUUUGUAACUUUUUUUUCUCUUUCAGUAAUACUGUGUGAUUGUAUAAUCUGGCAAUUUCAUAACUCUCAGGCACCUUUCCUUUUUCUUCUCCCUUUUCCUACAGUAACCCUCAGUCUGUGUACACUUGCUUGGUUACUGAUUUUGUGGGUGAAGAUUCCAUUUCCUUCUGUAAAUGUAUCUAUGUGAGUUUGCCCUUGUAACUUGCAGUGCUUCAUGUAAUAGUACAACUGGGAAUUUCAGAACCAUCAUGGAAUUAGAAGAUCUGUCUCAUUACUGACCCACUGAAUUGUGUGUAAAGAUCAGAUCCCAGCCCCUGUAAUUCAUUUUUUUAUAAUUAUUAGUGGAUUUUUUUUUAUUUGUGAAUCUAGUUAGGUAUGACACUUGUGCAUUAAUGUAUAUAAUUCCCAAGGCACUGCAGACUUGUCAGAAUUUUCUCAAAUCUUCUGACCAAUUGUUCACUGCAGUGGAAGUCUCGGAAUGCAUUUUGCUGUGUGUGAAGUGUUUGUGUAGGUAAGUGGAAUCCAUGUUUUCGGUUGCAGAGAAUAGUUAAGCCUGGCCAUCAAGAGUCUCAGUAGUCUUCAUUGAUCUCCAUCACUAAUGAUCCUUUCAUUGCUCACUUGAUUCUCAACUUGCAAAGAGAUUAACUGUAAAAACUGACACCCAAGCUGUCCAGACCCAUAAGGGAAAACCAGGACGUUAAAGAAAGUGAUGACUUGCUAUUAAGAUUCUGGCCAUUCUUGGUGACCGAUUCCUGUAAUCCGUAGCGUUGUGUCACAUGUAGUUAGAAGUGUCCUUUACACACAUACCUUAAUGUAUUGGAUCUUUGUGGGGGUGGAAGCACAUACUUUCUACUCUAAUGUAUGUAUGUAAGUUUCAUAUUGGUGCAGUUAAUAUAAAAAACUUAGACUGAAA